AUGGCUGCAACCGGCGCAGUAGCAAACCUCUUCGACGUGACGGGCAUCGUCGCAGUAGUGACAGGCGGAGGGAGCGGGCUCGGCCUAUACAUGACACGGGCACUGGCGACCAACGGCGCCAAAAAAGUCUACAUCCUUGGACGAAGGAGACAUAUCCUGGACCAAGCGGUGGCGGAACUUGGCCGAGACAAUGUCAUCCCAAUCCAGUGCGAUGUCACCGACCAACUGGCCCUCAGAUCCACGGUCGCGUUCAUUGAAAAAGAUAUCGGAUAUAUCAAUCUGCUUGUUGCCAACUCCGGCAUCGCCGGGCCCUCGGGGAGCGUGCCCCCCGGAUCGAGCAUUCGGCAAAUACAAGAGGCGCUGCUCCGCAUCCCCAUGGAAGAGUUCACGAAUACCUUCCACGUGAACUGCACGGCUGUGUUCUACACUGCCAUAGCGUUUCUCGGCCUGCUCGGUGCCGGGAACACGACCCAGAACGACUACGCCCGCAAGGGCUGUCGGAGUCAGGUGAUCGCCACCAGCAGUAUCGGGGGCUUCAAUCGCCGCAUCACGGCCGGGUUCGCCUACGGAGCCAGCAAGGCCGCGACCACGAUGCUGCUGAAGGUCCUGGCGACGUACCUCGUGCCGUAUCGAAUCCGCGCGAAUGUGCUGUGUCCUGGAUUGUUUCCGACCGAUCUGACGACGGACUUGAUUCAUGGCAAGAGUCCCACGGAGGAAGGGGCGUUCCCGCUGGACCAGAUCCCGGCCGAGCGCGCUGGUACGCCCGAGGAUAUCAUGGGUCCGCUGCUGUAUUUGGCUUCAAGGGCGGGGGCGUACUGUAAUGGGAACUGUGUGCUUACUGAUGGGGGGAGGUUGAGUGUUAUGCCUGCUACCUAUUAGCUGACGAC